CCGAGAGCACGUCGGAGCCCAGCGCCCUCCUGCAGACAGACGGACGGACAGACGGACAGACGGGGACCAUGCGCCCGGCCCAAGCCUGAGGCCACGGAGACAGGCGCGGGGACACACGCCCCUCUCUCUGCUCAGGGUCCCCUUCCCCGCUGAGCCGCAGCCAUGAGGCGUCCACGGUGCUGGCCGGCCGCGGCCCUGCUCUGCCUCCUCUUCACGGGCGUCCCCCCUGCGCGGGCCCAGCAGGGGCCAGCAGCUGCGGGCGGCGGCGCGGCGGCAGAUGUAGUUUUCCUGGUGGAUCCCGCCUGGAGCGUGGGGAAGGAGCACUUCCGGCUGGCCCGCGAGUUUCUCUGUGACGUGGUGCGGUCCCUGGCCGUGGGCCAGCAGGACUUCCGCUUUGCUCUGGUCCAGUUCGACGGCAACCCCCAAACCGAGUUCCGGUUAAACACCUACCGCACCCCGCAAGAAGUGCUGUCCCACCUCUCCAACCUGUCCUACACGGGGGGCCGUGGCCGGGCCCCCGGCGGCGUGGAGAGCGCAGUGCGGGCUCACCUGUCGCGGGAGGCCGGGAGUCGGGCCGCCGACGGAGUCCCGCAGCUGGUUCUGGUGCUGGGCGGGGGCCAGGGCCUGCCCUCACCCGGGCUCCUGUCUGCGGACGCCGGCGAGGGCGCCUUGGCCGGGCCGGCCCUGCCGCCACUCAAAAUGCGCGUGUCCCACCUAGAGAACCUGACGGCCCUCCCCGGGCUGGUGGGCGACUCGGUGUCCUGGGUGCGAGCCGCGGCGGCUCGGCGGGAGGCCCCGAGAGACCUCACAGCACAAGACUCCGCUGACAUUAUUUUCCUUAUUGACGGAUCCAACAGCACCGGAAGGGCCGAUUUCGCGAUCGUGCGCGACUUCCUUGUCAAUCUCCUUGAGAGACUGCCUGUGGGCGCUCAGCAGGUCCGAGUGGGGGUGGUCCAGUAUAGCGACGAGCCCAGGACCGAGUUCCCACUGGACGCCCACGCCUCCCGGGCGCAGGUCCUGCAGGCCGUGAAGGCCGUGGGCUUCGAGGGGGGGGAGCUGGCCAACGUGGGGCUGGCCCUGGACUUCGUGGCGGAAAACCACUUCACUCGGGCGGGCGGCAGCCGUGCCGAGGAGGGGGUCCCCCAGGUGCUGGUCCUCAUCAGCUCGCAGCCGUCUAGUGACGAGCUGGGUGACGGGGUGGUGGCGCUGAAGCAGGCUGGCGUGUUCAUGUUCGCGCUCGGCGCCCGGGCGGCGUCCCGGGCCGAGCUCCAGCAAGUGGCUACCAGCGACAGCCUGGUGUUCACGGCCCCGGAGUUCCGCGGCCUGGGGCGCCUGCAGGAGCAGUUACUCCCCUUCCUUCUGGACGUGGCCCAGAGGCGCCUGGUCCUGCAGCCGCCCACCAUAGUCACACAAGUCGUCGAGGUCAACAAGAGGGACAUCCUGUUCCUCGUGGACGGCUCCUCGUCGCUGGGCCAGGCCAGCUUCAACGCCAUCCGAGAGUUCCUCGCCAAGGUCAUCCAGAGGCUGGACGUCGGCCAGGACCUCGUGCAGGUGGCCGUGGCGCAGUACGCUGACACGGUCCAGCCCGAGUUCUACUUCAACAGCUACCACAGCCGCAGGGAGGUGCAGGCGGCCAUGCGCAGGAUGAAGCCCAUGGACGGCACCGCCCGCUACACGGGCUCCGCGCUCGACUUCGUCCGCGAGCGGCUCUUCUCCAGCGCCGCGGGCCACCGGGCCUCCGAGGGCGUCCCCAAGCUGCUGGUGCUGGUCAUGGGCGGGCGCUCGCUGGAUGAUGUCAGCCGGCCGGCCCAGGAGCUCAGGCGUGCCGGCGUCAUGGCCUUUGCCGUGGGUAGCCAGGCGGCCGACGAGGCCGAGCUGCGGGAGGUGGCCUUCGACGGCUCCCUGGUGUUCACGCCCGCCGAGUUCCGCACCGCCCCCCUGCAGGCGCUGCUGCCUGGCCUGCUGGCCCCGCUCAGGACCCUCUCCGGGACCUCGGAAGCUCACGCCAACCGGAGGGAUAUCGUCUUCCUCCUGGACGGGUCCCUGGACGUGGGCGAGACCAACUUCCCUUACGUGCGGGACUUUGUGUCCAGCGUGGUCCGCGGCCUGGACGUCGGGCGCGACGGCAUCCGCGUGGGGCUAGUGCAGUUUAGCGACACUCCGGUGACCGAGUUCAGCCUAGACACUUUCCACGCCAAGGCGGACGUGCUGGCUCGCCUGGGGCAGCUGCGGCUGCAGGGGGGCGCGGGACGGAACACGGGGGCCGCCCUCGGCCACGCGCUCGCACAGCUCUUCACCCCCGCGGGCGGCAGCCGCAUCGCCGACCACGUGCCGCAGCUGCUGCUCCUGCUGGCGGCUGGGCCGGCCCACGACGCCUACCUGCCGGCCGCCCGCAGCCUGGCCCGGGCCGGCGUGCUCACCCUGUGCGUGGGUGCCGGCGCGGCCAGCCGGGCCGAGCUGGAGCAGAUCGCCUUUAACCCGGGCCUGGUGUACCUCAUGGACGAGCUCAGCUCCCUGCCCGCCCUGCCGGCCCAGCUCGUCCAGCCCCUGAGCACCUACGUGAGCGGGGGCGUGGAGGAGCUGCCGCUCGCCCAGCCAGAGAGCAAGCGGGACGUCCUGUUCCUGCUGGACGGCUCGGCCAACCUGGUGGGCCAGUUCCCCGCCGUGCGCGACUUCCUCUACAAGGUCAUUGAGGAGCUGGACGUGCGGCCGGGCGGCACGCGGGUGGCCGUGGCGCAGUUCAGCGACGACGUGCGGGUGGAGUCGCGCUUCAGCGAGCACCAGCACAAGGCGGAGCUGCUGGGCCUGGUGAAGCGCAUGAAGAUCAAGACGGGGAAGACGCUCAACCUGGGCUACGCGCUGGACUUCGCCCAGCGGCAGCUGUUCGUGAAGGCGGCUGGUAGCCGCGUGGACGAGGGCGUGCUGCAGUUCCUGGUGCUGCUGGUGGCCGGCAGGUCCUCGGACAGCGUGGCCGGCCCGGCCCAGGCCCUGCGCCAGAGCGGCGUGGUGCCCUUCAUCCUGCAGGCCAAGAGCGCCGAGCCGGCCGAGCUGGAGCUCAUCGUGCCCUCCCGCGCCUUCAUCCUGGUCACCGAGUCGCUCCCCAAGAUCGGGGACCUGCAGCCUCAGAUUGUGAACCUCCUAAAGACGGUGCAGAAUGGGGCGGUGCCUCCAGUGUCCAGCGAGAAGGACGUGGUGUUCCUCCUGGACGGCUCCGAGAGCGUGCGUGACGGCUUCCCGCUGCUGCAGGCCUUCGUGCAGAGCAUGGUGGAGAGCCUGGACGUGGGCCCCGACCGCGUGCGCGUGGCGCUGGUGCAGUACAGCGACCGGCCCCGGCCCGAGUUCUACCUCAACUCCCACCUGGACCGGCAGAGCGUGGUCAGCGCCGUGCGGCAGCUGAGCCUACUGGGGGGGCCCAGCCCCAACACUGGGGCCGCCCUGGACUUCGUGCUGCGGAACAUGCUGGUGGAGUCCGCGGGGAGCCGCAUCGCCGACGGCGUCCCUCAGCUCCUGGUGGUCCUCACGGCCGACAGGUCGGGUGACGAUGUCCAGGGCCCCGCGGCCGCCCUGAAGAGUGGGGGUGCCGUGCCCAUCGGCAUCGGCAUCGGCAACGCCGACAUCAGCGAGAUGCAGACCAUCUCCCUCCUGCCCGACUUUGCCGUGGCCAUCCCCAACUUCCGGCAACUGGACACCGUCCAGCAGGUGCUGUCCGAGCGGGUGGUGCAGCUGAGCCGGGACGAGGUCGCCCGGAUACGGGAGUCGGUGCUUCCAGGUGUGGGCGGCAAGAGGGACAUCGUCUUCCUCAUCGACGGCUCCCAGGCCACAGGCCCUGAGUUCCAGCACGUCCGCACCUUCCUCGAGAGGCUGGUGGGCUUCCUGGACGUGGGCUUGGACACGACGCGAGUGUCGGUCGUCCAGUUCAGCGAGGACCCCCGGGUGGAGUUUCUGCUGAACACACACUCGAGCAAGGAGGAGGUGCUGGGCGCCGUGAAGGCGCUGCGGCCCAAGGGCGGCCGGCAGGUGCACCUGGGCGGCGCCCUGGAGUACGUGGCCAAGAACAUCUUCAGGCGGCCCCUGGGCAGCCGCAUCGAGGAGGGCGUCCCCCAGUUCCUGGUGCUCAUCUCCUCAGGGAGGUCCAGUGACGAGGUGGACGAGCCAGCGGCCGAACUCAAGCGGGUGGGCGUGGCCCCGGUCACCGUGGCCAGGAACGCUGACCGCGAGGAGCUGCUCAAGAUCUCCCUGAGCCCCGAGUACGUGUUCUCCCUGAGCACCUUCAGGGAGCUGCCCAGCCUGGAGCAGAAGCUGCUCACGCCCAUCACCACGCUGACGGCCCGGCAGAUCCGGCAGCUGCUGGACGCCGCGCCCUACCCGCCCCCAGACCUGCCCAGCGACGCGGCCGACAUCGUCUUCCUGAUCGACAGCUCAGACGGCGUGAAGCCCGACGGCCUGGCCCACAUCCGGGACUUCGUUGGCAGGAUCGUGCGGAAGCUCAGCAUCGGGCCCAGCCGCGUGAGGGUGGGGGUGGUGCAGUUCAGCAACGAGGUGUACCCCGAGUUCUACCUGAAGACCUACAAGUCGCAGGGCCCCAUGCUGGAUGCCAUCCGCCGCCUGCGCUUCAAGGGCGGCUCCCCCCUCAACACCGGCAAGGCUCUGGAGUUCGUGGCCAGGAACUUCUUUGUCAAGUCGGCUGGGAGCCGCAUUGAGGAUGGGGUGCCCCAGCACCUGGUGCUCUUCCUGGGUGGCAGGUCCCAGGACGACGUGUCCAGGUUCUCGCAGGUCAUCAGGAACUCAGGCAUCAUGAGCUUGAGCAUCGGGGACCGGAACAGCGACAGGACCGAGAUGCAGGUCAUCGCCAACAGCCCGGGCCAGGUGCUCACCGUGCGGGAGUUCAGGGAGCUGCCCCGGGUGGAGGACAAGGUGAUGGGCUCCUUCGGCUCGCCCAGGGUCACGCCUGCGCCUCCCGAUGUGGACACAUCCUCCCCGUCACAGCCAGAGAAGAAGAAGGCAGACAUCGUGUUCCUGCUGGACGGGUCCAUCAACUUCCGGAAGGACAGCUUCCAGGAGGUGCUGACCUUUGUGUCGGGGAUCGUGGACACGCUCUACGAGGAGGGCGACUCCAUCCAGGUGGGCCUGGUGCAGUACAACUCGGACCCCACGGACGAGUUCUUCUUGCGGGAGUUCUCCAGCAAGCAGCAGAUCCUGGACGCCAUCGGCAAGGUGGUGUACAAGGGCGGGCGCCACGCCAACACCAAGGUGGGCGUCCAGCACCUGCAGCUGCACCACUUCGUGCCCGAGGCGGGCAGCCGGCUGGACCAGAGGGUCCCGCAGAUUGCCUUCGUCGUCAUGGGCGGGAAGUCGGUGGAGGACGCGCAGCAGGCCAGCCUGGCGCUCACGCAGCAGGGCGUGAAGGUGUUCGCGGUGGGCGUGAGGGACGCCGACUCCCAGGAGGUGGGCAGGGUCGCGUCCAACAGUGCCACGGCCUUCCGCGUGGCCUCCGUCCAGGAGCUGUCGGAGCUCAGCGAGCAGGUGCUGGAGACCCUGCAUGACGCCAUGCACAAGACCUUGUGUCCGGGGACCACCGACAUCUCCAAAGUCUGUAACCUGGACGUGAUCGUGGGCUUCGACGGGUCCAGCAGCCAGAACGUGUUUGUGGCCCAGAAGGGCCUGGAGGCCAAGAUGGACGUCGUCCUGAGCAGGAUCAGCCAGAUGCAGGGGAUCAGCUGCAGCGGCCAGGCGCCCACCGUGCGGGUGUCCGUGGUGGCCAACGCGCCGUCGGGGCCCGUGGAGGCCUUCGACUUCACCGAGUACAAGCCGGAGCUGCUGGAGAAGGUGCGGGCCAUGCGCGCCCAGCACCCCUACGUGCUCACGGCCGACACGCUCAGGCUCUACCAGAACAAGUUCCAGCAGUCCGCGCCCGACAGCGUGAAGGUGGUCAUUCACUUCACGGACGGCGCAGACGGGGACCUGGCCGCUCUCCAGAAAACGUCCGAGUUGCUCCGAGAAGAAGGAAUCCACGCCUUCAUCCUGGUGGGCCUGGAGCGCGUGGCCGACCUGGAGCGGCUGAUGCAGCUGGAGUUCGGCCGUGGCUUCAUGUACAACAGGCCCCUGAGGCUGAACCUGCUGGACCUCGACUACGAGCUGGCCGAGCAGCUGGACAACAUCGCCGAGAAAACCUGCUGUGGGGUCCCCUGCAAGUGCUCGGGACAGAGGGGCGACCGCGGGCCUGUCGGCGGCAUCGGGCCCAAGGGCGUCUCCGGAGAAGACGGCUUCCCAGGAUACCCCGGCGAGGAGGGCGGGCCCGGCGAGCGCGGACCCCCGGGCGUGAACGGCACGCAAGGCUUCCAGGGCUGCCCGGGGCAGAGGGGCACCAAGGGCUCCCGCGGAUUCCCCGGAGAGAAGGGAGAACUGGGCGAGAUCGGCCUGGACGGGCUGGAUGGAGAGGAGGGAGACAAGGGGACCCCGGGUUCCUCUGGCGAGAAGGGCAGCCUGGGAAGAAGGGGGGACAAAGGACCGAAAGGCAUCAAGGGAGAGCGAGGAGACAUCGGCAUCCGAGGCGACCCCGGAGAGUCCGGCCGGGACAACCAGCAGCCGGGACCCAAGGGCGAAGUCGGGGACAUCGGCCCCAUGGGCCUGCCCGGACGGGACGGCGCGGCGGGGGGCCCCGGCGUUCCUGGGAAGGCCGGUGGGCUCGGCCGGCGGGGACCACCGGGAGCGAAGGGCAGCCCGGGCGAGCCCGGCCCUCAGGGCUUCGUGGGCGAACAGGGACCUCGAGGGUCGCAGGGUCCUCCUGGCCCCACCGGCCCCCCGGGGCUGAUUGGGGAACAAGGCAUCCCUGGCGCCCGGGGAAACGGAGGCCCCCCCGGAGCGUCCGGAGACCGCGGCAGGACCGGCCCCCUGGGAAGGAAGGGGGAGCCCGGAGACCCGGGGCCCGCCGGCGGCGUCGGGAACCGUGGCCCUCGAGGGGAGACGGGAGACGACGGCCGUGAUGGGGUCGGCGGCGACGGGCGCAGAGGCAAGAAGGGAGAAAGAGGGUUUCCCGGAUACCCAGGCCCGAAGGGCACCCCCGGAGAGCCGGGCGCCGACGGAGCCCCAGGACCCAAAGGCAUCCGGGGACGCAGGGGAAACUCAGGCCCUCCGGGGGCCGAAGGGCAGAAGGGAGACCCCGGCUACCCGGGACCCCCCGGCCACAAAGGGAACCGCGGAGACUCUGUGGAUCAAUGCGCCCUCAUCCAGAACAUCAAGGACAAGUGCCCCUGCUGCUACGGGCCCCUGGAGUGCCCCGUCUUCCCCACGGAGCUGGCCUUCGCCCUGGACACCUCCGAGGGCGUCACCCAGGACGUCUUCAGCCGCAUGCGGGAUGUGCUCCUGGGGCUGGUGGGCGAGCUGACCAUUGCCGAGAGCAACUGCCCUCGGGGGGCGCGCGUGGCCGUGCUCACCUACAACAACGAGGUCACCACGGAGAUCCGCUUUGCCGACUCGCGCCGCAAGGCCGCGCUCCUGGACAGCAUCCGCGACCUGCAGGUGGCCCUGACGUCCAAGCAGCCCAGCCUGGAGACGGCCAUGGCCUUCGUGGCCCGCAACACCUUCAAGCGCGUGCGCGGGGGCUUCCUGCUGCGCAAGGUGGCCGUGUUCUUCAGCCACAAGCCCGUGCGUGCCUCGCCCGAGCUGCGCGAGGCCGUGCUCAAGCUGUCGGACGCGGGCGUCACGCCCCUGUUCCUCACCGCCCAGGAGGACCGCCAGCUGGCCAGCGCCCUGCAGAUCAAUAACACAGCUGUGGGCCACACACUCGUCCUGCCCGCGCAGAGGGACCUCGGGGACUUCCUGAAGAAGGUGCUGACCUGCCACGUGUGCUUGGACGUCUGCAACAUCGACCCGUCCUGCGGCUUUGGCAGCUGGAAACCUGUGUUCCGGGACCGGAGGGCGGCGGGCAGCAACAUGGACAUGGACGUGGCCUUCAUCCUGGACAGCUCCGAGACCACUACCCUGUUCCAGUUCAAUGAGAUGAAGAAGUACGUCGCCCACCUGGUGCGGCAGCUGGAGCUGAGCCCGGACCCCAAGGGCUCGCCGCACCUGGCCCGGGUGGCCGUGGUGCAGCAGGCGCCCCACGGGGCGGCGGGGAACGCCAGCGUGGCGCCCGUGCAGGUGGACGUCGCGCUGACCAGCUUCAGCUCCAAGGAGCGGCUGCUGGCCUUCCUGGGCCGCGGGCUGCGGCCGCUGCAGGGCACGGGCGCGCUGGGCCGCGCCAUCGAGCACACGGUGGGCCGAGUGCUGGAGCGGGCGCCGCAGCCGCGCGGCCUGCGGCUGGUGGUGCUGCUGCUGACGGGCGCCGUGCGGGGCCAGCAGCUGCGGGAGGCGCAGGCCGCCGUGCUGCGGGCCCGGUGCAAGGGCUACUUCUUCGUCACGCUGGGCAUUGGCCGGGCGCUCAACGUCGGGGACCUGCAGGCCCUCGCCAGCGAGCCCAGCGACGUCUUCUUCAAGCUCGUGGACCAGGCGGGCGAGCUGGGCGAGGAGCCGCUGCUGCGCUUCGGCCGGCUGCUGCCCUCCUUCGUGGGCCGUGAGAACGCCUUUCACCUGUCCCCGGAGCUCAGGAAGCAGUGUGAUUGGUUCCAAGAGGACCAGCCGGCCAACACAGCUGUGAAGUUCUCGCCCCACCGAGGGGUGAUUAUAAACGUUCCAAGUAAUGUCACGUCAAGUGCUGCCUCCACUCCUGUGAGCACAAGGAAGCCGAUGUCCACGACCGAGCGGGCGGCCAGCACGGCGAGGCCGGCAGUGACCGCACACAUGCCCGCAGCCAGGCAGGCCACCCCCGCCAGACCCGGGGCCACGAAGGCGGCCCCCGUCAGGACCCCCACGGCUGUGAGACCAGGACCAGCGAAGUCGUCUGGGGCGACCAAGCCAGCAGCUGCCAGACCCCCGACAGCGCCCAGACCAGCGGCCCCCAAGCCCGAGCCAGCCCGCGCCCAGACUGCCAGACCCACCUCCCCCAGGCCCGACAGCGCCAAGACGGCAGGCCCAGCGCCCCGCGAGCUGCAGGUGUCCGAGGUGACGGAGAACAGCGCCAAGCUGCGCUGGGAUCCCCCCGAGCCCCCCGGGCCCUACUCCUACAACCUCACGGUCACCUCGGCCCUCGACCAGUCCCUGGUCCUGAGGCAGAACCUCUCGGGCACCGAGCGCGUCAUCGGGGGCCUCCGGGCCGGGCACACGUACCGCGUCUCCGUGCUCGGCCACCUGCGCGCCCAGGUCCGCGCCGUCUACCAGGGGACCUUCAGCACCAAGAAGAGCCCGGCUGCAGCCCCUCAGGCCGGACGGGCGGCCGCUGGCUCCAGCAUCAGCCUUGUGGUCAGCCCAGACCUGGCGGGCCCCAGGGAGGCAGACAUAUGCCGGCUGGCCAAGGACAUAGGCACCUGCCGGAAAUUCAUCCUCAAGUGGUACUUCGACGUGGAGACCAGCAGCUGCGCGCGCUUCUGGUACGGCGGCUGCGGCGGCAACGAGAACAGGUUCAACUCCCAGUCGGAGUGUGAGAAGGUCUGCGGCCCCGGGCUGCUCAAGUCGGGCAUGGCCACCGCGCUGGGGACCUAGGCGCCCGCCGGGCACACAUACCUCUUGGAGAAGGAAGAGACCGUCUGCAGAAGUGCGGGCACCGUGCCCUCACCCGCACCCGCUCCUGCGGCUGGAUGCUCAGACUCGGGGCUGACCCCGCCCCCACCCACCCACCCAUUGGUGCUAAACGUGUCUGUGGAAGCAACGUUCUCCGGCUCCCCACGGAUGUCUGUGCCCUGGAAGUCGGAUCCUCACGCCCGCUGGGGGCUGCGUGGACGGGACCCCCUGGCAGACCCCUGAGCUCCUCUGUCAGGCAGGGGCAGGCCCGGAACAACCCCGUGCUGGUUCUUCCAGAAGCUUCUGCCGGCUCCUCCUUCCUCUUCCCGCCAAGGCCCCUCAGGGCCAUGAGCAGACCCGCCCGCCCUGGCCCGUGUCCUGGCGGGGGUCUCGUGCUCGCAGCUCCUGCCCAACGCCUCUGACAGCCGGCCGGGGCCGUGGGGACGGCCCCACUCGCGGCCCGGGAAUGUGUGUGCGGGGGGAGGGGGUUUAAUUUUAAUUUUCAAAUUUUUAGGAAAUUUAUACAAAGAAACUUUUUAAUAAAGUCUGUUGAAAGUG